AUGGCCUGCCACCGAGCCCAGGUGUCAGACCUAGGACUGCUACUCCAUGCGGUGUGGGAGCAGGGCUCAGCCUAUGAGCAGGAAGGUGUGUCGGCUCAGUCCUUCCAACACUGCUUCACGCUGGCCAGUGCUGCCUUCAAUUUGCAGGUGGCCACCCCUGGGGGAAAGGCCAUGGACUUCGUGGAUGUGACUGAGAGCAAUGCACGCUGGGUACAAGACUUCCGUCUCAAGGCUUAUGCCAGCCCUGCCAAGCUGGAGUCCAUUGACGGUGCCCGGUACCACGCCCUCUUGAUCCCCAGUUGUCCUGGCGCGCUGGCUGACCUGGCCAGCAGUGGGUCCCUGGCCCGCAUUCUGCAGCACUUCCGCUCCGAGAACAAGCCCAUCUGUGCCAUUGGCCAUGGUGUUGCUGCCCUGUGCUGUGCCACUGGUGAGGACAGGUCCUGGGUGUUCACCGGCUACAGCCUGACAGGGCCCUCCGUGUACGAACUUGUCAGAGCCCCUGGCUUCGCCCACCUGCCCCUGGUUGUGGAGGACUUUGUGAAGGACUCUGGUGCUGGCUUCAGUGCCAGUGAACCUGAUGCUGUGCACGUUGUGCUGGACCGACACCUGGUCACUGGCCAGAACGCCAACUCCACCGUCCCUGCUGUACAGAACCUGCUCUUUCUCUGCGGCAGCCGGAAAUAAGCCUGCGAUGCAUGCUGCCCCCCAAGAUGGCCCAGGUGUCCCCUGAGGCAGCUGGACUCACUUCUGGCCUUGCUGCUGAUGCUGAGGACUGUGCUGUCGCCAUGUGAAGAGGCGCCUUUGGCCCUUGGUUUCUGUGGAACUGUUGGAAGCCUUCCGAAGUCAGCCCUGAGGAGUGUCAGCUCUAAUGGAGGGCCGAGCCCCUGGGGUCCCAUACUGUUCUCCAGCAGGGAGUAGGGACAGCAAGGUGUAC